CACUAAUGGUAUUCUCACUCUUAUCUCUCUACACCUUCUCACCGGUCUCAAGCGACCAGCAGCACCCCCUAGACCCUCUAACCCCAUCCGAGUUCAACCUGGUCCGAACCAUAGUCAAGAAUUCAUACCCCAGCCCUAACCUCAACCUAACCUUCCAGUACAUAGGUUUGGACGAGCCAGACAAAUCCACCAUCCUCUCAUGGCUAUCAAACUCCGGCUCCACAUCCCCACCUCGCCGUGCCUUGGUCACCACGCGUCUAGAAAAAGAAUCCCACGAGAUAAUAGUAGACUUAUCGGCCGGUUCGAACCGUUCGAUAGUCUCCGACAAUGUUUACCUUGGACAUGGCUACCCUCUGCUUACCCUUGACGAACAAGGUGCUGCAUCCGCAUUGCCAGAAACAUAUGAGCCGUUCAUCAAAUCGAUUGAGAAGAGGGGGCUGAACUUAUCCGACAUCGUUUGCUCCACCUAUACGCGCGGGUGGUAUGGGGAGAUGAAGAGUAAGAGGGUGUUGAAGCUACAAUGUUACUACAAGGAAGGAAAAGUUAAUUUCUACUUGAGACCAGUGGAAGGAAUACUGUUAGUGGUUGAUCUUGAUGAGAUGAAGAUAGUUGAAUACUACGAUAGGUAUAUUGCUCCGGUGCCAAAAGCUGAGGGAACAGACUACCGGGCAUCAGCGCAGAAGCCACCGUUCGGUCCGCCUUUACACAGUGCAGCCUUCGUGCAACCAGACGGACCAGGAUUUAAGAUAGACGGCCACAAUAUCAGUUGGGCAAACUGGAUGUUCCACCUAGGAUUCGAUGUUCGAGUUGGUCCAAUAAUUACUCUGGCAUCAAUUUAUGACGUUGAGAAGCAGACAUAUCGGCGGGUGCUAUAUAGAGGAUUUAUAUCCGAGUUAUUUGUGCCUUACAUGGACCCAUCCGAGGAUUGGUACUACAAAACUUUUUUCGAUUCCGGCGAAUUUGGUUUCGGUCAAUCUGCAGUGUCACUCCAGCCCUUCGCCGAUUGCCCUGCCAAUGCAGUAUUCUGGGACGCUUAUUAUGCCGGAGAAGAUGGUGUGCCUGUCAAUAUAUCCAAUGCGCUUUGCAUAUUCGAACGCUAUGCCGGAAAUAUAAUGUGGCGUCACACUGAGUUGGGGAUUCCAGAUGAAGUUAUAAGGGAGGUUAGGCCAGAAGUGAGCCUGGUGGUGAGGAUGGUCGCAGUGGUGGGCAACUAUGACUAUAUUGUUGAUUGGGAAUUCAAGCCGGGUGGCACCAUUAAAUUGGGGGUUGGGCUAACGGGCGUGCUAGAAGUGAAGGGGGUGACAUACACCUACACAGAUCAGAUAACCGAGGACGCCCAUGGCACUUUGUUUGCAAAUAACACCAUCGCAGUUUACCACGACCACUUCUUGACGUACUAUCUUGACCUCGACGUGGAUGGUGAAGCCAACUCCUUUGUCAAGAACAAUUUGGAGACGAUCCGAACAACAAACCAAAGCUCCCCAAGGAAAAGUUACUGGACAGUUGUGAGUGAGACGGCGAAAACCGAAGGCGAAGCUCGAAUCCAGUUAGGCUUUAAUCAACCUGAGCUAAUAGUGGUGAAUCCCAAUAAGAAAACCAAACUUGGGAAUGAUGUUGGUUACCGUCUGAUUCCAGGAUCAGUGGCACAUCCCCUCCUAUCGUACGAUGAUUAUCCACAAAUCCGGGGAGCCUUCACUAAUAAUAAUGUGUGGGUCACACCCUAUAACAAGUCGGAGAAAUGGGCAGGAGGAGCAUUUGUUGAUCAAAGCCGAGGAGAGGAUACCUUAGCAGUUUGGAGUCUCAGGAAUAGGGAGAUCGAAAACAAAGACAUAGUAUUGUGGUACACAGUUGGAUUUCAUCAUGUCCCUUCCCAGGAUGAGUUUCCGGUGAUGCCAACCUUAAGCGGUGGGUUUGAGCUCCGGCCAAACAAUUUCUUUGAGAGCAAUCCAGUACUUAAAACAAGAUCUCCCGGUAUUGUACCAGGGCCUAACUGCACCACCCAAGCGUAG